CAAUCUGGUGCACACCUUUAAUGCAAUCAUUGCUUUAUCUGCGAAUUUCGGCUCAAGACACCUCAAUGCAGGUGAAAAGACACCUCAGAUCAUAAGUGUAAUGCUACAUGAGGACCGAUGGUGCAGGCCGAUUUCGGCUUUGGAGGUGGUUGGCACGAAGCCAAGACCGAGGAGUGCGACACUAAAAGAAUGGGAUGUCCGCAGCUCAAGGUCCACAUCAGCAGGAUCUACGCAAUCUUGGAGUUUACCUGGGUUUUCCAAUGCCACAGAGACCGAUCUUUCUUCGGACUCCGUUUGUAGCUUUCCUCAAACGAUGAACCAUGCAUUCUUUCGGCUGCACCGUCGAUCUGCUGCAGUGAACAAGAUCAAAGCGAAGGUUCCAAAUCUGUACGAGAGCAAAGGUGUUUACAACUGCUUGGAGCAAGAGAUUUGGCCCAACCGGAAGGUGACCACCUAUCAGCGGUGUUUCGGCGCCAAAGCAAGGGUCCGCCCCCAGCGAGGCUCCUUCGGCCCGAAAGGAGCUGAGCUUCCGUCCCGAAAGGCAGAGAUUCUUGCAACGCCUGGAGCCUUGCCUGGAGCGCCUGGUACUCCUCUUGGCGAAGACCCGGUGCAUGUGCUUUCUGCGGCCAUUGCAUCCCAAAAAAGCCAUAGAUCUGAUCAGAAGAGCGAGAUGAGUCCCCCGGUAUCUGAGUUGGGUUCGAUUCCCCUGUGUAGUAUUUUUUCCUCAAUGAGCCGGCCAAGCCCAAGCAGCCCAAGCCGCCCAAGCCGACCUUCGAGCUUACGACCCAAGAGUGCCUCAAGUGCGAGCGCGUCUCGCUCGAGAGGAUCAGCCUCAGCCUCGGCACUACGUCCAAAGUCGGCCAUGCCACGCUGCGGCGCUUCCGCCACGGCUUCCACGCCUUCCACGGCUUCCACUUCGCGCGUGUGCUGGGCAGCGACGUCCUUGACUGCCGGAUCUUGCACUCCAUCCACUCCACGUGGGAAAGAGAAUCAAGAAAACGAGACUCCUGAGACGGCAAAGCUGGAGGCAGAGACAGCACAAAACGAGAAGCCAAGAGGAAGUGAUCUUGGCUUCGUUGUGAGGAACCGAAGUAGAGUGAGGCAUGUGGGCUGGAUGAGCUGGAUUGAGUAGGACUCGGACCGAUGGUCUGAACUGACAAGACUGUAGAUAUCCGUAGAUAGGUAGGUGAGCCUCGGUCGCUCAGGCUGCUAAGAGUGGCCUUCGAGGCGUAUUCAACAUUGCUUGGUGAAAGCAUCAUGUUGGAUGAACGACGCCAGGUAAGGUUGCUUUCAAUCUCUUGGGUGAACCACUCUCUUCUUUGUGGGCCGAGGAAGGGACGCUUUGUCGUCCUUGCGAAGCUGUCUUUACUCUUGCUCAAAUGCAGAAGCAUAAAGGGAGCGCAUCUCAACCAACCUGGCAUCGUGUGUGUAGGAUUUCUAAUCUCAAUUCCAAAUCUCAUUCAAUUUGAGUGCUCAAGACGGGCAUCGACUUAAAGUUCUUUAAAUGUGCAUGGAUACAAAGGGAAUUUACUGCAAUUGUGGCCAUUUGUAGUUGGUAAUUACACGUCCAUCUAAAGGAAAGCCAGACGUGUUCUGUUGCUUUUGGAAAAGUGGCUACGGCUAGGGGAUGCGAGUACUUUUUUGUUCAAAAACCCAUGAGGAGUGGUUUGAAGUGGCCAAGACCAAGACUGGUGCAGACUCUGUACAGCUUGUUCGGACCAAGCCCUUGGCUCCAGUCCGUUGUCAAUGCUCAGGUAUGAAGGAAAAAGACAUUCCAGUCAAUGUCUCUUCAUUAGUGGUCCCAACAAAAGAGGGACAAUAUAAUAUAUAACAUUUGUA